AUGGCCGAACCCACACCAACAACCACUCUGAACAUCAAGAUUGAAUUCGGCGGUGGACUGGAGCUGCUAUUCUCUAACCAACGUUCGCACAAGGUCUCCAUCCCUUCUCUAGUCCCAAAGGACAACACUACAUCAGCGAAGAAUCCACCACCUAAAGAUGAUCUGUUGAAGCCUGCGGAUAUCACGUAUCUCAUUCAUCAUAUGCGAGAUCAUUUGUUGCAGGAGAGGGAGGAGUUGUUCGUGGAGAACGGGACUGUACGACCUGGGAUCUUGGUUCUCGUGAACGACACCGAUUGGGAGCUUGAAGGAGAGGGAGAUUACGUUUUGAAGGACGGAGAUGAAGUCGUGUUCAUUUCGACUCUCCACGGGGGUUAA